GAUCUGUAUUUUUUGUUGUUUGUGGUGGUGGUUGUUCUUGCGCAAUAGGAACGACUCGAAUCUCUAAGCAAAAGAAAUCGUUAGAGAUAGAUCCGCCAUAUUCAUCUCUUGAUUAGAAAGUUGAAAAAAUGAAACUUUGAACAAAUUAAUUUCGUGGCAAUUAACUUUGACCUGCCCAAUUCCUUUCAGAAAUACUACAACGAACAGUGCAAAUUAUUUAUUAUUGAAAGUGGUAAAUGAAUAAAGUUUUCAAAUUGAAAAUUUCAAUUAAUAGUGAAUAGUAAAUUGUCCUAGAAUUUUAUCAUUGUAUAUUGUAUGCUACCUAAACAGAAAUACUACUUUUGUAUUUAUAAAGGGAUUACUUCAUAAUGGCAGAGUGUAUGGACGCCGAGGAAAGUAGUCAGUCUCCACGCGAGGAGUCAGUGGAUUGGACAUCAUGGGCGACGGUGGAAAUUCAACUCGAUAUUGAGGAUGUAUGCUUCGCGUUGAACGAGGAAAUGGCUCCUGCACUGCCUGCACAACCUAUUUGUGUCGAACCCCAGCUACAAAAUAGAAAGAAAGAAAGAAAGCAGAGAUUGGAAGUAAGGAAGACAAUAGAAUGUGACAUGGAAUCACAAUCAAAGAAGGUUCCACUCUACCUAAGAGACCCAAAUGCUCCUAACAUAAGUGAGCAAGAAAAAAAUCGAAUUUUGAAGGCCAUCAAAUCGAAGAACCAUCAUCAAACAAUUAUUGACGAAAGAAAUGCUUAUCGGAAAAAAGUUAAAGAACUUACCACCCUAUUGGAAAACUCGAAAUCUGAGGCUCAAGAUGCGAAGAAAGACAACGAGAGGCUACGUGCUAUAAUAGUAAAACUUGUGAAUUCUAGUGGCUCCACCCAACCACUUUAAGAAGGUGAUCCGAAGAGCAAGGGAAAGGAUUUUACUGUCGCAGAACUGCUUGGCGGCACUCGUGCCGCCAAGCCCCUUACUUGCAUCCCUUGCCCUUACCUGCAUCCACAUUCUCCCUGCUUUUAUUUGCAAAUAAGUAUAGUGCAUGUACUUUUUGUCUUAGCUUAUCUAGGACAUACUUAGUCCCUAUUUUUGUAGUCCAUCAUCCAUGAUUUUCAUAUUUUUUGCCUAGGGAUUGUGUAAAUAUUGCUCGUCGGACGCUGCGUCGCUGCUUGGAUCUUAAUUUGGUAGAACAUGAAGUGAAUCAUAUGUACUAUGUUUAAUAUGAACCGAAUAACCGGCGAUGUUCUCCCCGGUUAUUCGAUCUUUCCAUAUUGUAUAACCCCACCCCCAACCUACAAGGUUAGUGUUCCAAUAUGCAAUAUGUGGCCACUGCAUCCUUCUUACACAAACUGUUUGGAGACAUUGUAAAUAUGUAAUGGAAAAAAGUGACGAAUAAUGAGUCAUUAUUAACGAUGACGAUGCCACUUUUCUUGGGUGGGGGGUUUAGUGAUGACCCUCGCUAAAAAUAAAGUAACAGACAAAAAAAUGACUGGCUCGGGCUACAUCGUAAGGGAACGUUCUUACUUAAUUAAUGCUUAUACAGUAUAAGCAUUAAUUAAGUAUAAGCUAUACUUAAUGUAAAUUUGGCGAGUUUUUUUUUACCCCUCCCUCCCCAUGCAACGUGUUUGUUAACCCCCUUUUAACAUGUGGCGGACGUUGACCUGCAACGUAACGACCCCUCCCUCCCACUCCACUGUGUUACUUAUUUUACUGUUUUACUGUUCACUGUUUUAUUUUCACCAACUUCGCCUUUUUAACAAUAAACUUUGCAUAUUUUUUAACAGGACACGCACGUUUUAAUUGUUUGUUAAUCUUUGCUUUUAAUAAAAUGUGCAGUUGAGAAGAUUUUUUUCUAAGAAUCUUCGAAGUGUAGUAGUACAACUAACUAUUUAGUAUAAACAUAGAAUCAAUCGUUCAUGUAAAAUUUGCCUUUAGAUUUAGGAAUAAAUUAUUAAAUUGUACAAUUUUAA